CAAAAUGGUGGUCAACACGGAGAUUCUACUUCGAGCUUGGAGAGGAAGAUGGACUCCAUUACAGUGGCUAGUAGAAGUGAAAAAGCUGGCUGGGAAAGAUAACGAAGAACUUCAGGACCUAGCAGAAUGCCUUGUUCAACAAGCUACAUUUGGCAGUACACCAAGCACGUUGAUAUUAUCUUAUCUUAAUCAUGGGAUUUCCACUAAGGUCAUUUCAUGCUCAUCAGCCUUAACAGCGGUUCAUCAGUUUCAGAAUAUUAUUAAACACAAGUGCUUAUCAGCUCUACUUGAUCUCCUGCUUGGUUUCAUUCCAACCAUAAGUGGUCCAGACAGUGAUGAGGAAUGUCUGCAGCUAGCAGUUUCUUUCAUCAAAAUCUUGUAUUGGCUUCUUAUUGUUUCUACAAGGCUGCUCAAGUUGUGUAUAGAGUCAAUACGUCUGUCUGGAGGUAUCAAUCUCCUGUUUCACUUGGCUAAUAUUGGAAAAUGCCACCGAGCCUUUGGACAGCUCAUAGGUUCAUCAUCUUACAGAGCUAUGGUUAUUGUAGGAAAGAUGGAGGAUCAAGCCACAGCAUUGGAACUCGACAGACAGUUGCAAGCACAUCUGAAAGACCUUUUGAUGACGCAACCUGAUGGAGUAGUUCCUGAAGUACAGCUUUACAUUAAAGAACUCAUGGUCAAUUUUAGUAGGUUACAGAGCUUGAAUUCUUCAUCAGGGAGUGGUGACAUCAAUCCAGGGCAUGUUCCUAACAUGCCUAUCCAGAUUAUUACUCAGUUUCAGGUCUUAGUAAGUCCUUUUUACACUCCACAUCAAGUUGCUGAUGUGAUGGAAAGCACUAUGCAUACUCAGAAUGUUGCAAGGCAUCAGCUAUACUUGGAAUUUCUAAGAUCAGCCUUAGUUGGGCUGCUAGGAGCUCCUGAGAAAUCAAUGGAAAUGAUACUGUGGACUGGGUUUUUAUUCCUGAAGGUCCCCAUAGUGAUUCGCCUGUUGGAAUCUAGAUCUCAGCCUCCUGUUCAACUUCAGCCCAGUCCUGUGGAGCACUCUGCUGCACAUACUGCUUUUCAACAACUGCUACAGUUUGCUCCCCUGUUGGAUGAUGCAGACCAGAAGUGCAAAUGCAACUGUUACAAAGAAUUGAUUCAGCAGUACUGCAAAGACCUCAAUCAACAGAUGGUUGAUAGGAUUGGACAGCUUUUGUCCCAAAGAAUGUUGUCAAAUGAAGCACAAGACUUGUUAAGUAUUCAAGUGUCUUAUAAUCAUCCAGCCCAGCAGAUCCAAGAUGAAGAAAGCAAAAUAAUGGAAAUAAUAAUGGCUUUGGAAUCUGAUCUUAGCAGCAGAGAUGAAAAAUUUCUUAACCCUUUGUUGAAUGUGGAGAAAUUUAGAUGGAUGACAGUUGCUGCAGCAAGUGUGGGAAAACUUCCGAGCCUUAUAAAUGGGCUUGUCAGAGUUACAGAACAAACUCUUCGCCCUGCUACAGAAAAAGAAGACGUUAAAAAAGGAAGCAUCAGAGGGGAGUUAUUUAACACGUCUUUCUUGUUGCUGUGUCAUAUUGGACAAGUAUAUGGCUCCAAGGUCAUUUCUGAAGUUUCUAAGAAUCGAUUACCGACUCCGUUUGUGGUUCAGUGGAUUUUACGUCACAUACCUGGCAUUGACAAAUGGAGAUCAUUCAUUUCUGAUACACAACACACACCCAAUCAAGCAGCCGUCAACGAAUUACUUAAUAUGUUCUUCAGCAACUCAGCCUUCCCUGCAAGUCAAGCUAAUUGGGAUGAACAUUGUACGAACGUAUCCAGUGCCCUACAUGAUGUGCUGAAAGCAUCGCAGUGGGAGUCAAAAGCAGUUCCUCCUGAUCAUCUACAGAAAUUGUGUGAACUUCUCAAGUACGAAGCACCCGCACUGGCGGUUUGUGCUUGUUCAUGGAGCUGUGGGCACAUUCACACCCUGACUGCGGAAGAAAGAAAGCAUCCUAUGCGGCUAGUCGGAUUCCUUGUAAAGCCUGUGAAUCCAAGAGGGUUUUCCCAAGGAUUUGUAGAAAGGUGCGCGAUGUUGUGUGAAGUUAUGAAGACGAUGUCAUCCAGUGUUGAGGGUAAAGACAACACGUGGGAGAUUGACAACCCGAUAUCUAAAGGCAAGCCUGUGUCAAAGACCCUCGCAUCAUUGUUUUCAAGCGUUGUCAAAGCGCGUCAGCUGAGUAGUAAGACACUUGAACAGUUCAGACAUUUGUUAAUUACGGGAGGAAAUGAGUGGUUCAUUUACUCUAUAGUCCAGGAGGUGUUGAAGUGCAACCGACAUGAAGAUAUCUUACUGGCAGCGGACUUGGCCAGUUGUCUUUUAACGUUUGACUCUGAAAGCUUAGUGCCUUGCUUUCUUGAAAAAGUUAUGCCAAUGGUUAUGAAUCACGCAGAAGCUGAAACAAUAUUAGAAGACCCAAAGGGUUGGGCUAUCGCUCGGCUUAUGGCACACGCUGUGUGUUUGGGAAUGACCAUAGAACAUACACUGUCGAAAGGAGAUUUAACUGAUAGCGAAAUCGAGCGCCCGGCUAAAAUACAGAGGUUGGACAGUUUUCCCUCUCUCUUCAAUUCCACGUCUUCAUCACGCGUCCAACAGACUCUUGUUCGCUUUUGUGAGGAUUUUAUUGCCACCGUUAAAACCACCGAGGUUGGACCAGUGCCAGCACUAUUGGUGUCCUUCCUUCAACAAGCUGUCGCCAGUAUUGGAACCAUCGUUGGGCCCCUAUCAGCCUGUCUUCCAGAAGAUUUGGUAAAGGAAAUAUUGGAAUUAUCACCUAGUCUUCAAAACACACCCGAUGUACUUUUGGGGUUGUGUAACAUGAAGACAACGGAAGGUCGACAGUUGUGUGCCAAGGCUUUGUGUAAUAGUAUUUGAACGUAUGUAGAUUUGCAUAAUUGACUGGAAAGAGUUCAGUGGCAUGGACGAUGUUAAGGGUUGUUUGAAUGAUGAACUUAAAACAGAGGUCAAGCAUAACGUUGGGAAUCAGCUGUGGAUGUGAACGCCGCCAGCUGAUGUAAGUUCCUUUGGUAAAGGAAACUCUGCAUGGGAUACAACGAUAUCAAGGAAACGGAUCGAAAGUUUUGGUGGAAAAAAAAC